UGUUUCCUGGUCGUUGCUAACAACCUGCUGCCUGCAACUUGCUCUGCUCGCCGCUCAUUCAUGCACCGGCGGUUUCCAGCUGCGAUGUUUCGGAGAUGUGCGUGAGGAUGAAGCCGUGUCGACCCUGAGCGCAGCUCGGCUCUCAGCUCCGUGCUGGCUGCAUGGUGCUCCGUGUCUCUCCGCCCGCUCUCUGACUGGCUGGGGGUUGCAGUCUGGCCUCCAGCCACUGCUGCGAAUUAACUUCAUUUCUCAGCGUCGCCCUGCUCUGAAAUCAUGUUUAUUUUAUAAAGAUGGCGGUGACGGGGACACUGUAAACUAAAUGACUGUCAGAAACAUCGCCUCCAUUUGUAAUAUGGGCACCAAUGCCUCUGCUCUGGAGAAAGACAUCGGCCCGGAGCAAUUUCCAAUCAAUGAACACUACUUUGGAUUGGUCAAUUUUGGAAACACAUGUUACUGUAACUCAGUGCUCCAGGCUCUCUACUUCUGCCGGCCUUUCCGGGAGAACGUGCUGGCCUACAAAGCCCAGCAGAAGAAGAAAGAGAACCUGCUCACAUGCCUGGCUGACCUCUUCCACUCCAUUACCACACAGAAGAAGAAAGUGGGCGUCAUCCCGCCCAAGAAGUUCAUCUCGCGCCUACGGAAAGAGAACGAUCUGUUUGACAACUACAUGCAACAGGACGCCCACGAAUUCCUCAACUACCUGCUGAACACGGUGGCCGACAUCCUGCAGGAGGAAAAGAAGCAGGAGAAGCAGAACGGACGCCUCAAGAACAAUGGCACCGCCGUCACCACGGAGACCGAGACGGAGAACAAGACGGAGCCCACAUGGGUUCAUGAUAUCUUCCAAGGCACACUGACCAAUGAGACACGCUGCCUGAACUGUGAAACGGUGAGCAGCAAAGAUGAGGAUUUUCUGGAUCUUUCUGUGGAUGUGGAGCAGAACACAUCGAUAACACACUGUCUCAGGGACUUCAGUAACACAGAGACUUUGUGCAGCGAGUACAAAUACUACUGUGAGACGUGCUGCAGCAAGCAGGAAGCACAGAAACGGAUGCGUGUGAAGAAACUUCCUAUGAUCCUGGCGCUGCACCUGAAGAGGUUUAAGUACAUGGAGCAGCUGCACCGCUACACCAAGCUGUCCUAUCGAGUGGUUUUCCCCCUGGAACUGCGUCUGUUCAACACGUCUGGGGAUGCGGUCAACCUGGAUCGCAUGUAUGAUCUGGUCGCCGUGGUGGUUCACUGUGGCAGUGGCCCAAAUCGAGGUCACUACAUCACCAUAGUGAAGAGCCAUGGCUUCUGGCUGCUGUUUGAUGAUGACAUUGUGGAGAAAAUUGACGCCCAGGCCAUCGAGGAGUUUUAUGGGCUUACCUCAGACAUCUCCAAGAACUCUGAGUCGGGAUAUAUCCUCUUCUACCAGUCCAGGGAGUGACUGGAGCUUGAUCACUGACUGAGGAUGAGACUGAAUAAGAAGAAAACUUUUUUUUUUUUUUUACCUUCAGCCUAACAGACUCCAGACUCCUGCCAUCUCCAUUUCAUCCUGCUCUCCUCCUCCAUUCCAGACAUCUCUGACAUAUGUGCCAGUCCUCUCUGCCAGGCCCAGUGUCGGCUUCUGGGUUUACCUGUGCUGUCUCUCUCUCUCUCUCUCUCUCUCUCUCUCUCUCUCUCUCUCUCUCUCUCUCUCCCUCCCUCUCCCCACCUCUCCCCCCCCCCCUCUCUAUGUUUAACUUGCUUCUUGUCUUUCAGUCACCUGCAUCUGGACUGCACUUUAAAACAAAUGCAAAAAUGCUCAACAGCAUGACAGAAACAAAAAGGAGUCUACAGCCACACCGAGUCGCACAUGCUCGGUGUAGACUCGCCCGCCGAGGUGAUUCUCUGCCAGGAACGUGAUGAGGUGAAGGGUCUGAUGCACUUACAGACAACUGUCAGAAAUUGUACUAUAUCAUUUAUAUGUAUAUAAGGUCUUCUCCCCCCCCUCAUUGUUCCUUUGAUUAGGGCUAUUUUCCUCAUCUCUGUCCAGUCGUUUUCGAUGUGUUCAUAUCCCUGCUGGAUGCAUGAGAAGUGUAUGAUGGAGACAAACACUGCAUAAAACGCACAGAGAGAUUUCGAAGCAAUAUCUGAGCAUCGAUUAUAGAAGUCACAAGCUUAAAACUACCUAAACUGAGUAACUUGUUGACAGUAUGGAGUUGUUGUUUUGCCGUAGAGAAUCGCUGUGUGAGCUGCUGUCUGUCAGUGCGACAGCUCCUGUUAACCAGAUAUGAUCCGAUACUUAAAUACUUCAUCCAGCAGAGCCACAUGCUCUAACACUACACGUGAAAGGAAACGAUGGAGCUCCAUUCAAAACAGCUGAAUCUUUAUAAGUUUUUAUUCUGAUAGAAAACUCCUAUUUAUUGAACUGAACAUAUUUAUUACUGUUAUUUGUAAUACUGACGGGUAGAUAAUGAAGGCGUUUGUGUAACAUGUCUGUUUUGAGAGCUUUUACAUGUGGAGACUCUGAUGUCUUAGCUCUCAGUGUGAAGGACGUUGUGUAUGUAAUACACAACUUCAUAGGGACAGAAAAAAAGUUUUAUCAGUUAAAUUUUGUAGUUUGCAUGUUAAAUAAAAAUAUGAGGCAGAUUAACAUGAUGCAAGUGAGACACAACCCACAACUGCCUAAUCUUUUGAUUGACCUGGAAAAGUGAAAACAGUGCAAUAAGAGGCGAAGUUACCCAAUGUGCAAUUCCCCAGUGAGACUAAUAUACAGAACAUUUAAGUGUUGUAGAUAUGUUUGUUUUCAGCUGAUCUUCUCCCAGUGCCGUGUGUUUGAGUGCUCGUGAUAUCAUGGUAAAUGCCCCAGUUCACCGCGUGCAGUGCACACUACCUGCUGGGAUCUUAGCUACAAUGUUCUCUCAUCCUUCUUUUCCUUUUUUUUUUUUUUUUUUAUAUAUAUAUAUCCUCACACGGCGUUGUCUUCUUUUUUUCAUUCCUAUGUUAAACUACAGUGUAGUAGUUUUCUCUCGGUUUGUCUCUGACUUUGACGAUGUGAAUUGUGUGUCAUACGUAGCACGUUGGAAUCCAAAAUCCCGUAGAAGUACCUUUCAAGCUGCAUUGUUGAUUUAUACGAUAUCCCUUGUACUGUUAAUGUUUUCACCAGGGUUUGUUGCCAUGCCCUGUAGAAUAGUGCGACAUCAAAGAACUUGUUUUCAUGUGAAUGACAUUCCUAUUUGCUGCACAUCAGAGGAAAUUACCAUUUCAGACGCAUCUCAUUAUAAAUAAAAGGUAGGAACAGGAUUAAUUUGCUAGCUUAGUGUCUGUGUUUGUACAGAAGAGGCAGAGUUUAAAGUGAAAACAGUGGAACGUGGGGCGUUAAAUGAGCUUGUUUCUGCUGUCUCCUCCGUUUAGUCUGUUACUGGGUGAAGUCGAGAGGAAUACGUGCCAAACUGGAGUCAAUGCUGACCUUGCAACAGUCUUUAACAGAACAUUAUUUUCUUUAUAAAAACACAGCUGUACAUAUAUACUAUGUAGAAAAACACUUAUGGAAAUAGGAAAAAAUAUUUUUUUAAAGUUCAGAUCUUAAAAUGUAAAGACGUUCAUGUCAAAGAUUUUAGCUUAACGCCGACCAUUAAUGAAACCCUUUUAAGACAUACUGUGCUAUUUUACAAUCACUCAAUUACAUAAUCAAUCAGAAUUGUGCAGAGGUUAUCAUGUGUUAUGUUAUUGCUAUUACUGGGUUGAACUGAGCCAGGAUAGAAAACGGUAGCAGGAAUAGUCUGAGAUAUUUUAGACUCAGGUGAGAGGAGACUCUUCAUGCGCUGAUCUUCCAUGAACACUUAUGCACUCGCCCCCACUGAGAUGCUCAGUCGUUGCACUUGGUCUUAUAUAUCUUACUGUGAUAGUGUUCUACCUGGGAGAGCUCAGGUGCAGAGAUCUGACAGAGCUCGUGGGAGGGAAGGAGGAGAUGAAUCGAAGUCUCCUGUUUGGCUGUAAACUGAAAGUGCACUUUAUUAGUGAUGAGCUUCAAUGCUUUAAUAUGAAGAACCACACUCUAACACACUCAUUUUGAGUUUUUUUCUUCUGUUCAAUAAAAUGACUAUCA